AUGUAUGGGCAUUAUGAUGUGGGUCCGAGAACGGUAAGGUAGAUCUCGGAAUGCUAAUGUAAGGCUGCGCAAAGUAAUCUGGGUCUAGAGGUAGUACAGCGGAGUGAAGAUGAUGCUUUAUGGCUGGGAGUAGCGUUCUACGUUCCUGAAGGUACUGUAACAAAUGCCACGUAUAUUAUUAUUUAAGUACGUGAACGAGUAUGACAGUAGACAUAAUGGUACUUUGUUGUAGUUUCUUGACUAAAGAACUUUAUCUGUACCACUACCGUUAGUUGUUAACUGUACUUAAUCGGCAAGAGAUCUGGAGAAUGAAGAGGGCAGCGCUGGAAAGUUUUGUCUAAUACAUUCCUUUCUUCUCUCCCACCCCCCCCGUCCCCUUUCCUUUCCCCUCCCUCCUCCGCUUACCUUGUUUUUAGUGCUUACUGCACUUACAGUACGCGUGCUCAAUUUUGAUAUCGACUUUAAUGUAUCUAUAAUACUACCUUUUGUUUUUAGGGUUCAAUCGACAUUGACAGAAGAAUAAACCGGACAACGAUGCUGGACGACGCUUCAGAAUCCGAUUUCUGCAUCAUCGACACGUCAACGCCACAAUCGCUAGAAAGAGACUUCUACGCUUGGCUUAAAGUAGGUAGCAAUAAGCGUGACUUUAGCUGUUUUAUUCGGAUUAAUUAAGUAAUCACGUAUGUUGUGAUGGUUUAUGUUAAAUGGUUUACUGUGAUCUUUAUUGUCUAAAAUUUUAAAUUUUAAAAAAAAUUUUUUUUUAGUUUUUAAUUUAAUCUAUAAGCCAAACAACUACAUUCUCGUAUUUUACCAUAAAAACAUAUGUCAAAAAAAUUACAGUACCCUAUUUUAAGGGAGAACUAACACCUUCAACCCCAGCCCUAUCAGAAGUCAGUACAACGUCGUGGUCUUCAUCUACCCCUUCCUCAAUAUCAUUUCCGUCUGAAGAUGGCAGUGCUCAGAACAGUCCAAUUGAUGUGAAACCUGAUCGCUUCGUAUACGACUACAUAAAGACGGAAUACGACCAGAGUUACUGUGAGAUAAGCGAUGAUCAGUUCUUCGGAGGAAGCAACGUCUACCACUCAAAUCGGAAUUCAGGUAGGUUACUGUAAUUAUUAAGUAUGUUGUGGCUUUGGAUAUUGAGCUACAGUAUCUCUUAUGCCUUGGGGGGUUAAAGUAUCUUUUUUGACACUGAAGAGUUACAGUAUUCUUUAUAGAUAAAAGGGUUACAGCAUCUUUUACAUUUUGAAACGUUACAGUAUUUUCUAUACAUUGAAAAGUUACAGUAUUCUUUAUAAAUUAAAGAGUUACAGUAUCUUCUAUAUAUAGAACCCUCUUUCAAGAUAUACGACCAAUGUCUACCGUAAGAUCAAUAGUAUUUACCACUGCCUUUAAUGUCAAAAUAAUAUUCUUAAAAAAAGAUUUUUACUGCCAAAUCAGUCGUAUUUACCAUUGUUGUGACAUGUUAAGCCUAUUAGCCGCGAGAUAACGGUUACCGCAGAAUCUUUUGGAUAUCUUGUUCCUUAUAUCGAAAUGUCCGUAAUUUUUAAUCGCCUUUGGAGCAAGGUAAAACAACAUUAGUUCCUUAUUUAAGUCCUUGUCUGUCUUUAAUUAUAGUGUACGGUACUACAAUCUUUUUAGUGGAAUUUCCGAAAGUGACAUUUCGUUAUCGGGUUUUUGAAAUUAUUACAAAUUUGAUGAAUUCAAAGUAAACAAAGUGACCAGUAAACAACAGGAGUUAAUCAUUUUAAUGUAAAAGGGCGUAAUAUAAAGUGUACAACGAAAUUUUAAAUUAAAAAACAUUUGACGUCUUGUCAUUGAAGUUCAAUCCCCUAGAGUGACUUUCGUUAUUCGUUUUUUAAAAAUCAAACUUUUAUUUCAAAAAUCAAUUUUAUAUCAAUUCUUUGGUCUUUUGCAGACACUUUCAAGUCCUACUUAUAACUUUAAAAGUACAAUCCAAAAAAUUGACAUUUCGUUAUUGGUUUUCAUAAAAUUAAACUUUAAACUCAAAAAUCAACUUUUUAUCAAUUUUUUGGUCUUCUAAAAGCAAAACCAUUACUUUUAAGCACGACUAGUAACUUGAAAAGUACAAUCCAUAAAAGUGACAUUUCGUUAUUGGUUUUCAUAAAAUUAAAAUUUUAUCUCGAAAACCAAGCUCCUUUCAAUUCGUUGGUCUUGUAAAGACAAAACCACGACUUUUACGCCCAAAUAACAAUUCCAAAAGUACAAUUCAAAAAGUGACAUUUCGUUAUUGGUUUUCCAACUGGGAACUCCAUUGUUUCCUUCAAUUAUAAUAUAAUCCAAACGUACGUGGCAAACUUUAACAGCGUUAGUUAAUGCACUAAAACUGUUUACAAGUAAAUAAACAUUCGAGAAUGUUCAAAUUGAGCCGUUUAAUCUCGGUCUUAAAUAGCCGUCUUAAGGAAGUCCUUUAAAAAGUGUACAGACCAACAUGUUAUAGGAUGUACAACACAUUAAUAACAUUUACAUUAGUACAACAAAGUGUAAAAAGACAGUUUUAAUCUUUUUUUGAAAAAAUUAAUGCAAAGCAAAUGGUUGUUCAAAUAAUUCUGCGCCUUCUCUCAUAAGAAACCUUUACGAUUAGAAGGCACAGAAUUACUGAAACAACUAAAUAUGAAAAUAGAGAUCAUUACAAACUCCUAAAGCUAGAAUGCCAUUAUAAAGUUACAUUUUCAGGUACUAAUCAACUAGGCCGAACAUAUAAUCCAGGAUUACCGCUAGGCAUGGAAGAACGAAAGAAGAUCGUGGCCUUGUUCCAAAAAGGGUGGAAGAUAUGCAACAUAUCCAAGAAGCUAUGUGUAACACAUUCUUGUGUCUCCAAAAUACUCAAUAGGUAUGUUAGAUAAUAUGUUUAUUCAAAGUGGCAAGUCAUAUACUAACUUAUUAUAUCAUGUAUUAACUUACCCUCCCUUCUAUUCUAAACUACCUUUCCCUCUCCUCAUAUAAGCCCCUACCUUUAUAUAACACAGCCUUACUAAUCUUACCCUUUUAUACCGUAUCUACAUAUAUAUAUAUAUAUAUACCAUACUGAAAAUAAUGACAAUAAACACAAUGUAACAAUGUUAACCAUUACGGUAUUGUAGAUAUCGAUCCACAGGCUCAGUAAAGCCAAAAGACGCCAAAGAAGGUAGAACAGAGUCGCCACUAGUCGCGGCUAUUCGAAUAUACGUCCAGAAGUACGGAGUAACGAAGCAAUCAGAAAUACGUGAUCGACUAAUCAACGAUAGUAUCUGCACUGUAGAUACGUUGCCUUCUCGAAGCUCCAUUAACCAGUAAGUUAAUAGAUAACUGUACCAUUAUAAAAAUUUUUAAAGUACCAUUUAUACCAUUUUUGUACUCUCAUAUGGAUUAAAAUCCUAUCGUAAAAUCAUAUUAUAUUACCAUAGAGCCAUAUUAAAUUAUAUUAACCGUGAUCGUACAGUAAACAGCUGCCUUUAUCCGCCUUUCUUCGUAUAAAAUGUCCCCUUUUCAGCAUUCUCCGAACAAAACUUUCCGUGAAAGCGACUCGAAGAACGGCCAACAACGUGAUCACUAACUCUCCCUAA